ACAAACCAAAGGUUCGGCUGCUAAGACCAGCUGUGACAAGGUAAAGUUUACGUGUUUGCUUUAGAAAACUUCUGCAGCAAAGUCACACCGAACAGCGAGUGGUCGGAUCAAACUCAUCCUAUCGCUGUCCGAGGAUGACAGCCCGGAGGGUCCGUGUCGGUGAGGUUGCCGGGGUGCUGGCGGUGUUGUUGGCGGCAGCCUGUGCGCCCCUGCCCCGGGGGACGGCCGCAGCUGUGCCGCGGAGUGUCGACCCUGUAGUGAAUGUGGCACGAGGCAAGCCUGUGCAAGCGAAUGUGACUUGUGGCAGUCCUUUGGAGGAUUUCUACCCUCACAGUGACUCUGUAAAACCUCCACCCGACAGACAACUACAGAUCUGCGAUGCAAGCGAUCCUAUUCUGGCCCACAAUGCGUCGCUGAUGGUUGAUGGCAACAGCUCCACCUGGUGGCAAAGCACAUCACUGCAGCAGCUGGUGUUAGCUGGGAAUGGCAUAGGCAAUCGCCCAGAGGUCUACAUAACCCUGGAUUUGGGAGAGACAUAUCACCCUGAGAACAUCACCAUCCACAUGGGCGACACCAAACGGCCAGGACGGCUGGCCCUGCUCAGGUCAACUGACGGCCUGACGUUCCAGCCCUGGCUGUACCUGGUAUCCAAUGGCAACAGGGACUGUCGGAGGUUUGGGGUUGGCGAGCAGUCGGAGCCGACCAGUCCGGAGUCUGUGGUGUGCAGGGAGUACACACGGCUGGGAGUGGAGCCUCUGUACAAUGAACGGAUCACAGUGUCCCUGGUGGAGGUUCCCCCCAGUUUCAGUGAUGAGGACCUCCUCAGCUGGCAGGCUGUGCGACAUCUACAGCUGCGUUUCUAUGACAUGGACCUGGUGCUGGGGAUAUUUGAGGACCAAUUUCACCACUAUGCAGUGUCUGAGGUCUGUGUGAUGGCUGGCUGUGAGUGUAAUGGAUUUGGAAAUGGCUGUGAGAUUAACAAUGACUUGGGCCAGUACGAGUGCAUCUGUAGUGGCUAUACCCAGGGUGCACACUGUGAGGAGUGCCAGCCUCUGUAUAACCAGUUCCCCUACAAGCCUGACCAGCCUUGCCAAGCAUGCAACUGCAACAACCACAGCGAGGUGUGCAUGUACAAUGAGACGGUUUCCGUUGGCAACCACAGCCUGGCUGCAGACGGCAGGUUCCACGGGGGCGGAGUCUGUCUGAGUUGCCAUGACAACACGACAGGCAUCAACUGCGAGCGCUGUGACACCCUCUUCUACAUGAACCCCGAGGUCUCCCACCAGAGUUCCUCGGCCUGUCUCCCCUGUGGAUGUGACCUGACUGGUGCAUCAGGUUUGCAGUGUAACAUGACAACAGGUCAGUGUCCCUGUAAGCCCGGUGUUGGAGGGCGCAUGUGUGACAUCUGUCUCCCAGGGUACUACAAUCUCACUAUAGGGGGGUGCACCCCCUGUCCCUGCCACCCCCUGCACCACACCCCCUGCCAUGUGGACCAGGGGGGGCAGGUCAUUUGCAACUGUACACAGGGACAUGAAGGGGAACACUGUGAAAGCUGUGGUGAGUUCUACUGGGGAGACCCUGUGAGUGGCUCUGCCUGUACUGAAUGUGACUGCAGUGGGAACUCUGACCAGUGUGACAACGUCACUGGGGAGUGCACAGGCUGCCAGCACAACACCACUGGCUCCAAAUGUGACCGCUGUACAGAUGGUUUCUAUGGCGAUGCCAUAUUUGGCAAUUGCAGUGCCUGUGCCUGUGAUGUGGCUGGAUCUGUUAACUUGACCUGUGACCACACCACCGGGCAGUGCCUCUGUAAACCUGGGGUAGACAACAGUAAUCGGAGAUGUUCUAGGUGUAUGGAGAAUCACUAUGGGUUUGACACCCCAGACGGAAAUGGUACCGACGGGUGGCCAGGCUGUUCUGCCUGUAACUGUAACGACCAUGGCUCAAACUCCCCCCAGUGUGGGGAGGGGGGCAACUGUUCAUGCCGGGCUGGUGUUGAGGGGAACAAAUGUGACAGGUGUAUGGAAGGGACCUACGGCCUGCCAGACAUGCCCUGCACAGCAUGUGAUUGUGACCUUGUCGGCACAGAGUUUGACCCCUACUCAGUAACCCCCACCCAGAAUGCACUUGGGCAGACAACAAUGCUGGGACUCACAACUUCCCAAGAUGCAACAGAGGGAACAACCAUCCAGGAUGCACUUGGAGGGACAACUUUAAUCAUAGAUACAACAGUGCAGAGAGAAACUACAGACACUGUAACAACUGUAGCCACUACAGAUGCUGCAACUGCUUCUCUAUCUCCCAACCCAAGUGGAACAACUGAUGUAACAACAGCACAGAUAGAAAGUACUGAAAUCAACACAUCUGUAGUAACUGGAACACCUGUAGAAAUGGAAACUACUGACUUCAAUACAGCUGUUACAGCUGCAGCAACCACAAAUGUUACACCAUCUGUUUCAACUCCCAGUGACCCUGGAACAACAGAUGAAACAACAGCACAGAUGGAAACUACUGACACAGUGCUAGCUACUAGAAAUAGUACAAAUCCUGCCACAGGUAGCCUCGGAACAACUGAUGUUGUGCCAGGAACUACAGAUGUUGCUACAGUUGUAGCCAGUACAAACAACUUGACAGCGCAAACAGAAACUACUGACAUUAAUACAAGUUUGUUAACCACGAAUGCUACAUCAACUACAACACCCGUUGGCCUUGGAACAACUGAUGUCACAUCAGUGCAAACAGGAACUACAGACAUGGCUACACUUGUAGCCACCACAAACCACACAACCGUGCAGACAGAAACUACUGACAUCAAUGUUACAACUGAUGGCCCCCAAACAACUGAUGUCACAACAGUGCAGAUAGAAACUACUAACAUGGACACAGUUGUAGCCACCACCAAUGCUACACUUGAUGAGUUUGUAACAACAGAGAACACUACCAAUGACACUACUGUAGGAGAGAUGGUAACAACUGCAACAACACUGGGAAUAACUAAUGUUACUCUGGUUUCCACCACUGCUCAAGAGACAAAUACAUCAAGCAAUGUGUCACAGAGGUUGGUGGAGGAAGGUUUUCAGGCAAGGCAGAGGAGACAGGUGUCAGCCCCAGUCACAAACAACACACAGCAAAGCACUACAGUUAACACUUCUCUACAUACUACAGGUAUAAACACUACAUUAUUCAACACCAUAGGUAGUGCUCCAACAUCCGUUCCCUCAACCUCAACCAUUCCAUCUGUAAGUACCAAUGGUACUUCUAUCCUUACAUCCAUAGAUCCAGCAAGUACAGCACCUCACCCAGCCCCUACAUCCAUAGAUCCAACAAGUACAACACCUAAACCAACCCCUACAUCCAUAGAUCCAACAAGUACAACACCUGAUCCAACCCCUACAUCCAUAGAUCCAACAAGUACAGCACCUGAUCCACACCUGAUUCAACCCCUACAUCCAUAG